GAUAGAGGACGUAUUGUACAAAGUUGAUGCCACUAGAAAAUCAAUAGAAAAAUAUCUUUAAAUAUUUUCAGCACCAGUGCUGCCGAUAUGUUUGCCAAUAAAAGGCGCGGGGACUUUCACGGAUUUGUUUGUGGUCAAAAUGUCAGAUGAGACAGGUGAAGUUGAGAAGGAAAUGUUGAAAAUGAACUACAUGGCCAAUCAGGAGUGUGCAGAGUUUUACUUUCAGCACAAGUUGAACCACAAGCUGAUGUCUCCAAAGAACCCGCUGUGCGCGGUGUCCACUCAGACGCGGCCCUGCGUGUGGGACGGCGGCGCGGCGCUCGUGACGCGACAGUCUUGGGGCUACUGGACGCUUUUGGGAUUCAGCGUUCGCGGUCCAGGCUGCGGGGCACCCACUCGUUUUCUGUAUAUCCACGACUACCUGCAGUGGAUCGAUGAAAUCAUCUCAUAUGUUCCUCACACGCUCAGGGAGGAGGACCAAGCGCUUAUUUUCAGAAGAGUGUCUCCAAUCAAACUUAUUAUGUAUAAUGCUAAACUCCAAAUCCCGAAAGAAAUUGGUGCAUGUGAUCGUACAACGAGAGGGGCUGUACUCUACAAGGAUAAUUCUGAGUUACUUGUCAAUAAGAAUUUUGCUCAAGGCUUUUUCUUUAUGUCUAUGGCUCAAGUGGCGCAAGUGAACUGCGCCACGAUCGUCCUGGACGUGAGUUCGCGCACCAACGCGGCGGUGUGGAUCGAGCACCAUUGCCACCGCGACUACACGGGCGACCGCCAGGGAGCAUAUUUUAAGGACGUUCGACCACGAGAUUGUUUCGUAUACUUCAAAAGCGUAACUUUCAUCGAAUUUCGUUUCUACUUUUCGUUCAAAGCGACGCUGGAGGUCACUCUCUUCGGUAAGGAGGAAUUGCCGAAGUUCAUACCGAACCCGUAUCCCGUUACCGAGAGUACAUACAACUGGUUACCGACCUAUUCGUACUUGAGAGAUAAGUGGUUUGUCCCAGGAACUUCCUGGUGGUGGAACAUGUAA